AUGCUUAUCAUACUAGCUUUAGUGGCAUUGAUUCCUUCGUCAAUGUCCCAGUCGUCAACAGAGGGAACGAACCUCUACACCGCUCUAAUGACAAGUUACCAGAAACAUGUCCGACCUGGAACAGAUUACUCUGUCCCGCUAAGUGUAAAUAUUAGAUUUAGCCUAAUGACAAUUCAAGGUUUCGACGAAACUGAAGGAAAAUUUUCAAUCACAGGAUUUUUCACGAUUACCUGGGUGGACAACCGGCUAACAUGGACACCAGCAUCUUACGGUGGUCUUACUUCUACGCUCCUGUCACAGAAAGAGGUGUGGAAACCAAAUAUGAUGCUUUCAAAUACAUACAGCAGUUUGAAAUUUCUCGGCACCGAUGACUUCUACAUCCGGUAUACGUACACCGGUGACGCCACCUGGAUGCCGGCGGACGUCUUUGAUGUUUCCUGUGAUGCCGACGUGAAGUAUUAUCCUUUUGACAGUCAGGUAUGUAAAGUACAAUUUACGCCCUGGUUCAUUACUCCGUCGGAAGUUUCUUUCACUGCUUUGAAUUCAGAGCUUGAUGUGACAUUGUUUAGUCCAAAUUCGAAAUGGGAAUUAUCCACGACUGGAUUGAAAGUUAUUUCUGAUAUGUUUGAGGCUGUCGAAAUGCAAGUCUCGUUCAAAAGGCGGUAUGUGUUUUACGUAGUAAACAUGAUUUUACCGUUGUGUCUGAUGACGGCUAUAAACUCCUUCGUAUUUAUACUUCCGGUCGAUUCUGGGGAACGAGUAGGGUUCUCAAUCACCAAUCUACUAUCUAUAGCAGUGUAUCUUACGAUCGUGACAGAUGCUCUACCGGAAGCGUCCCAACCCCAAAUAUCCGUGCUGUCUUACCUUCUACUCACACAGAUGGCCAUGAGUGUCUUAAUCAUGCUACUUACUAUCCUAUCGAUCAAGGUCUACAUGUCAGAGGAGGAGAAAAUACCACAAAAUUAUGUAACCUUUGUUAAUGUUAUGCAAUUCAAAUGGCUAAAAAGGAAAUCGCAAGCUGCUAUAGUGGAACCGGUAGAAAUUAACGUUGAACCUGUGUCAAGUGAUAGAAAUAACAAGAAAGAUGUUUCGCGCAGGAAAUCACCAGCUGAUCAGCAGAAACAAUUAAAAAAUGAAAGAGAGUUAACAACACCUAAAACCGACAAUGACCUGGAGGUUGACAUGACUUGGAAAACAGUAGGCCAUGCAUUUGAUAAGGCAUCUCUUUUGUUUGUCAUAAUGUCUUCUCUUAUUAUCAAUAUGACUUUCAUGGUGUAUCUGAUUCACACUUACGUCUGA